CCUGCAUUCACUAUAUCCAGUCUCCCCGGACCCUGCAUUCACUAUAUCUGGUCUCCCCGGACCCUGCAUUCACUAUAUCUGGUCUCCCCGGACCCUGCAUUCACUAUAUCUGGUCUCCCCGGACCCUGCAUUCACUAUAUCUGGUCUCCCCGGACCCUGCAUUCACUAUAUCUGGUCUCCCCGGACCCUGCAUUCACUAUAUCUGGUCUCCCCGGACCCUGCAUUCACUAUAUCUGGUCUCCCCGGACCCUGCAUUCACUAUAUCUGGUCUCCCCGGACCCUGCAUUCACUAUAUCUGGUCUCCCCGGACCCUGCAUUCACUAUAUCUGGUCUCCCCGGACCCUGCAUUCACUAUAUCUGGUCUCCCUGGACCCUGCAUUCACUAUAUCUGGUCUCCCCGGACCCUGCAUUCACUAUAUCUGGUCUCCCCGGACCCUGCAUUCACUAUAUCUGGUCUCCCCCGGACCCUGCAUUCGCUAUAUCUGGUCUCCCCCCCAGACCCUGCAUUCACUAUAUCUGGUCUCCCCUGGACCCUGCAUUCACUAUAUCUGGUCUCCCCGGACCCUGCAUUCACUAGAUCUGGUCUCCCCGGACCCUGCAUUCACUAGAUCUGUACACAAUUUAUUAGUAAAUAUAAACUGCUAAAUACCUUUUCUCAUCAGCAGUUAGAGCAGUCUUGUGACUUCUAUCAGUGUAGCAGAGCACUGGUUAAAGCUUGUAGGAGUUUUUCUUACUGCUCUAGGAGGAUGCAGAACCCCUGACCUCUAUCUGGACAGUGCCGAUUGGCCCUGUGCUGAUCACAUGCACUCUCCCAAGAAAAAAAAAAACCUCUCUAGAAAUACACACUAAACGGAGCAUGUGCAGAAUGGCUACCAUUCAGUCUGUCUUAUCAGGAGAUAAGACGUGGAUAUCUGAACAAGAGGAGGAGCAGAGAAGUCAGGAUCAAACAAGUUUUUUAAACAAUGCAGAGGAUUAA